UUGGCGACCCGGAUGCUAACCGGGCGGACACGCCGCACCACCGCUUCUGUCGUGUAACCGACAUGCAACUGAUUUCUGGAGGCUUCGCAGCGGCUCCGUGAUGAUUUAACGACAGAGAGAGAGAGGAGAGAAAACACCCGAUGAAUUGAGGCUUAACUAAGAUGAAAGGAAUCUGCCUGACAGCAGCAGAGAGGAGUGAACCUGCCUUGGAGGAAAGCUAACCCACGAAUGGCCUGCCAGUCUGUCGCUGCAAUCAUGGACGAGCAGGCCCUGCUGGGGCUCAACCCGAACGCCGACGCCGGCUACAGGCAGAGGGCCAUGGCAUACUUUGAGCAGCUGAAGGAGUCUCAGGAUGCCUGGGAGGUGUGUGCAGAGGCCCUCGCUAAAGGGAUUUACAAUGACGACCAUGUGAAGUUCUUCUGCUUCCAAGUUUUGGAACAUCAGAUCAAGUUCAGACACGCUGGUCUGAGUGGCGCUCAACAGCAGCUCAUCAGAGAGACUCUGAUGAAGUGGCUCCAGUGUCAGCUGAUAAACGCUCAGCCUGAGAAGCCCUUCAUCAGGAACAAAGCAGCUCAGGUGUUCGCCCUGACCUUCGUCAUGGAGUACCUCACUCUGUGGCCCAAGUUCUUCUUCGACAUCCUGUCUCUGGUGGGUCUGAACCCUCACGGCGUGGACGUCUACCUGAGGACGCUCAUGGCCAUCGACGCCGAGGUGGUGGACCGAGACAUCCUGCACGCACCCGAGGAGACGCGCAGGAACACUUUAAUCAAAGACACCAUGCGGGAGCAGUGCAUCCCAAACCUGGUGGAGUCCUGGUUCCAGAUCCUGCAGACGUACCAGCAGUCCCACCCAGAGCUCACCUGUCAGUGUCUGGAGGUGGUGGGAGCCUACGUGUCCUGGAUCGACCUCAACCUCAUCGCCAACGACCGGUUUGUGAACCUGCUGCUGAGUCAGAUGUCGGUGGAGGAGCUCAGAGAGGAGGCCUGCGACUGCCUGUUUGAAAUCGUCAACAAAGGAAUGGACCCCGUCGAUAAAACCAAGCUGGUGGAGUCUCUGUGCCAAGUGCUGCAGUCCGCUGGAUUCUUCAACGUGGAUCAGGAGGAGGACGUGGACUUCCUGGCCAAGUUCUCGCGGCUAGUGAACGGGAUGGGACAGAGUCUGGUGCUGAGCUGGACCAAGCUGGCCAAGUCCGGCAACGUGAAGGAGGCGGCCGAGACGCUGCAGGCCAUGGAGGCCAAAGUGCCGCUGCUGCUGCAGCUGCUGGUGCACGAGGACGACGACAUCUCCGCCAACAUCGUUGGCUUCUGCUACGAAUACCUGCACGUCCUCAAACAGCUUCCUCAGCUGACAGACCAGCAGAAAACAAACAUAGAGGCAAUCAUGCUCGCCGUCAUGAAGAAACUGACAUACGACGACGAGUACAACUUUGAAAACGAGGGUGAGGACGAGGCGAUGUUCGUGGAGUACAGGAAGCAGCUGAAGAUGCUGUUGGACCGUCUGGCUCAGGUGUCUCCAGAGCUGCUGCUGGAGGCCGUACGCCGAGUCUUCACCAACACCAUGCAGAACUGGCAGACGGCUCCGUUCAUGGAGGUGGAGGUGGCCAUCAGGCUGCUGUAUAUGCUGGGCGAGGCCCUGCCGGCGUCUCACGGCGCUCAUUUCUCCGGAGACACGGCGAAGACGAGCGCUCUGCAGGACAUGAUGAGGACGCUGGUUUCCUGCAGCGUCAGCAGCUACCAGCACAGCUCGGUGUCUCUGGAGUUCUUUGAAACGGUUGUUCGAUACGAUAAAUUCUUCAUCGUGGAGCCUCAGCACAUUCCAAAUGUUUUGAUGGCAUUUCUGGACCAAAGAGGACUGAGACACAACAGCCCAAAGGUCCGCAGCAGAGUGGCCUACCUCUUCUCCAGAUUCAUCAAGACUCUGCAUAAACACAUGAAUGCCUUCACUGAGGACAUCCUGACCAGGAUCCAGGACCUGCUGGAACUCACUCCUCCUGAAAACGGCUUCCCGGCUCUCCUGACCAGCGACGACCAGCUCUUCAUGUUCGAGGCGGCGGGCGUGCUGAUAGUGAACGGCGAGAGUCCCGCGGAGAGGAAACAGGCGCUGAUGAGGAGCCUUCUGACGCCGCUGAUCGACGCCUUCCGCCUGCUGCUCGCCAAACUGCCGCAGGAGACGGAGGAGGAGAGACAGGCCGCCCUCGCCGACUGUCUGAGCCACGCCGUCGGCUUCGCCAGUCGGACCAGCAAAGCUUUCAGCAACAAGCAGACGGUGAAGCAGUGCGGCUGUACGGAGGUCUACAGAGACUGUCUGCAGACCUUCCUGCCUGCGCUGAGCUGCCCCGUCCAGCGGGGGGUGCUGCGCAGCUCCGUGCGCUCCUUCCUGCACCGGAUGAUCAUCUGCAUGGAGGAAGAGGUGCUGCCCUUCAUCCCCGCAGCCUCCGAACACAUGCUGAAGGACUGCGAGGCCAAAGACCUGCAGGAGUUCAUCCCGCUCAUCAGCCAGAUCACCGCCAAGUUCAAGCGGCAGGUGUCUCCGUUCCUGCAGCAGGUCUUCAUGCCGCUCGUGGCCGCCAUCUUCGAGGUGUUGGCGCGGCCAGCGGAGGACAACGACCAGGCAGCCGCGCUGGAGAAACAGAUGCUGAGGAGGAGCUACUUCAGCUUCAUCCAGACCAUCACAGGAAGUGGCAUGAACGAGGUGAUGGCCAAUCAGGGAGCGGAGAACAUCGAGCGAGUUGUUUUCACCAUCAUCCAGGGAGCCGUGGACUUCCCCGAUCCCAUCGCUCAGAAAACCUGCUUCAUCAUCCUCUCCAAACUCGUGGAACUGUGGGGAGGUAAAGACGGCAUGGUGGGUUUCCCCGACUUCAUCUACAAACACAUCGUCCCCGCAUGUUUCCUGGCUCCUCUCAAACCGACCUUUGACCUCUCAGAUGCUCAGACAGUCCUGACGCUGUCAGAGUGUGCCGUCACGCUGAAAAUGAUUCAUCUCAAAAGGGGGCUGGAGUUUAUUCAGUUCUUACAGCAGGAGUAUCUGCCCUCACUUCAGGUGUCGCCAGAAAUCUCUCAGGAGCUGUGUCAAGUCAUCCAGCAGCCAGACAUCAAAGUCCUGAAAACUUACAUUAAGGCGUUCUUCCAGCGAGCAAAGCUGUAGGGAAUAAAACUGGAAGUUCACUGGGACUGAAAGGACAUUUCACAGGAAGUGGUCGGUCGUACACGCCACUUACAACAACAAAAAAAUGGAACUUAGCAUAGGAGCUGCUUUUGCACUUAAAAAGUAAAUGCAUAACAAAGCCCAGUCUGUCUAAGUCGGGUAAAUGGACAGAAGGUCGGUGGACGGAUAAAUCCCUCCUGACUGCCGACGAGACGAGCUGUCCACGUGGACUCAGAGACAGAAAGAAGCUCGACUGCUGAUCAGAAACAGGGAGAACUUUCUACGGAGUCGUGUGGAAAGGGCUUUUUAGAAGUAAACAGAUCUGUGGGAGAGGACACUACCUGUCUGGAAAACAUUUGGUAAUUAUCCUUCAACGAUCCGAACACUUCCCUGUUAGGAUUUGUGAAAUGAUAGCUUUACUCUAGUCAGACCUCGACGUUAGAAACCACAUUUCAGAACAUGCUAGAUUUGAUUUUUUUCAGAUGUCAUUUGCUGCCACAGAUUUUGGACAAAAAAAAUAAGGGCUGAAUUGUAUUAUUUUUAUUUAAAUGUGGCAUUGAUUUUUUCUUUUUCUAUGUGUUGAGGAUUGGAUGGUUGAUUUUUUAAGUUUGAAGUGAAACAUUAAGUGCUUACAGCCCGGCUCGAUGUGCAUUUGCCUUCAAGGUUUUUCGGACUUUUAUUUUCCUCAAUUCUCAAUUCAGAAGCAAAUAUUAUCUGUAUUAUCUCAACAGCUCUUUUUAUUUGUUACAUAAUUGGAUGUAGAUACUCAGUUCAGAGCAACAUCAUUCCCCUGUGGUGUUUUUUUGUGAUAAAAAAAAUUUAAGAAACAAUCCUCAUGGAAUAUUUCUGUUUCCUGGAAAAAUAACUAAUGCUUUGGGCUGUCUUAAUUUCUUCUUCUUUUUUUUUUUUUAAAUAGAUGUUUGGCAUUUUUUUUGCCUUUAUUGAUAAAGAGGAGUCAGACAGGAAACAUGGGGAGAGAGAGAGACGUGUAUGACAUGCAACAGAGGUCACUGGCUGGAAUCGAACCAGCAACAUGGCGUGCACAGUAAUCAUUAGGCUACCGGAGCGCUCCCGGGAUGUCUUAAUUUCAGAUGGAAAUGAAUAUAAAAUGGAGGAACAAAGUGUAAAUAAGAGAGUAAGAUGUUAAAAAAUGUAAAUAAAGUUCCUAGGUUUAGUUUUUUUUAAUCUUCAUUACCAUCUGGAAUCUAUGGAAGACCAUUUCUGUCAUAAAAACGAAUAAAAAGAACCAAAAGUUAAGACUAAUAAAAAUAAAAAUACCCUCAAAAGUCAAAAGUUUGACUUGCUAAUCAUUUUGACUCAGUAUUUAUGACUUAGUAUUGCAUAAGUUCGACAUGAUAAACUUACAAAUUUCAUAAUUUCAUAAAGUCAAGAUUUUUUACAAGUUUCAAUUGUUUCGUAAUUUUGAACCAAGAACUAACGAGUUUUUGUCAUUGAUAUUGUUUAAAUCAUAUUUUGACUCACUGUCACAUAAUUUUGAUCUGGAAAAUCUUGCAAUUAAAGUUGCAUUUGUAAAAUUGUGACAAACUAUCUCAUAUGAUCUCAUAAAUCUCAUAAUUCUGACUAAAAAGUCAUAAUUCUCAGUUAACUUCUAUCAUAAUGGUGACAUAAGUAUGUUAGUUUAUAAUAAUCUUAAAGAUCAUUUUAAAUUAUCAUCUCAUACUUUUGACUUUGUAAAAAUGUAAAUUCUACAAGUAUGACAUAAUGAGUCAAAUAUUCAGCUUUCAGCAUUUCGACCCUCCAAAAAGAUCAUGAUUUGACAUAAAAGUCAUCAUUUUAAGUUACAGCCUUUUAAGUUUUCAUAUUUCUGAUUUAGUAUCUCAUAAUUUUCCAUUUUAAAUCUCAUAAUUGUGACUUAAAAUUGACAUUGACAUAAUUUUGAUUUGAUAUCAUAAGUGCUAUUUUUAUAAGGGCUAUUUUUAUUUUUGUCAUUCCUUACUUUUAAUCUUUUUUUUUUGUUUUUAUGGCAGGAUUGAGCUUCCGUAUCAAACGCAUAACUCAUUCAUAGGAAUCAUUCAUGUAAAGCUCAUGUAAAAAAUAUGAAUUUGCCCGUGUACAAAAGCAGCUCGGUGAAUUUUAUAUUUGUGACAAUUCAGGAUGAUCGACAAAUUGAUUAUGCAACGCUUAACCGCGAGCAAUACUGUGAAGGAGCUGUAAAACAGUUAAAAACUGUCCUAACGAAACCAAUCAGUGCGAGACGAUGAGAUCCAACUGUGACAACUGACUGUAACGACAUUUCUGCUGAUGUAAAAAAAGGCGAAUCCACUUUUCAAACUGCUGUCGACUCUGUACUGAUGCUUCUGUUCUUUAAAACUUUGGAUAUUGUGAUUCCCCAGUUUGUGCUGUUUAACUGUACAUGUCGGUCACAGAAAUACCCCCCCACCACCCCCCACCCCGUCAUGUUCUGUUUCCUCUGUUAAAAUCAGUUUGUGAUGUUCAGUGCAGUCCUUGUAAUUUGACUUCUUACUGUAGCUCCAAUACAUUUUCCCUGAAACGCUGCCUUUUGAAAACCUCCAGAGAAAAGUGCCUGAAAGUGUUAAGUGUUCAUACAGGCAUAUAAAUAAAGCUAGUUUAAGAUUAAA